AUACUAGAUAAAUUAUAAGUUUUUAUGUCUGAUAACCAUCAUAUUAAUCUAUCAAAAAUACCUAUUGGGGAAGUUAAUCACUUGGAUUUACUAUCAGACAAUAUUGGAUCGUUGUAUCUUAAUGAAGAAUAUUCAGAUGUAGUUUUUAUUGUGGAUGGUACAAGAUUUCAUGCACACAAAUUUAUACUAGCUUCAAGGAGUGAAUACUUUAGAGCCCUUUUAUAUGGUGGAAUGAAAGAAUCUUUGCCAGAUUGUAAUGAAAUAGAAUUAAAAGAUGCCCCAAAUCAAGCAUUUAAAACAUUACUCAAGUAUAUCUAUACUGGGAAAAUGAACUUAACUUCUCAAAAAGAGGAAACGCUAUUGGAAACACUAGGCCUUGCCAACCAAUAUGGGUUUACUCAUCUCGAAUCUUCCAUCUCCGAUUAUUUAAAAGCUAUUUUAACCGUGAAAAAUGUUUGCAUGAUAUUCGACAUGGCAAAUUUAUACAGGCUUUCGUCCCUCAGGGAAACCUGCUUUCAGUUCAUGGAUAGGCAUUCGACCGAGAUCCUUGAUAACAAAAUUUAUCUUUCACUCUCCGCGCCCGCCAUGCACGACAUGAUUCGUCGAGAUUCGUUCUGCUCGCCUGAGGUUGGUAUAUUCUUGGCCGUGCGGGAAUGGGCCCGGUCCAAUCCAGAACUCGACCCGACACCUGUUCUUUCAGCCGUCAGAUGCCCGCUCAUGUCACUACGAGAGUUGGUCGAUUGCGUCCGACCAACCGGACUCGUGCCGGCUGAUACCCUGCUCGACGCUAUACGCGAAAAGUUGGAGAAACGUAAUUGCGAACUUAGUUUCAGGGGAUUAUUAGUUCCCGAAGAAAACGUAGCCACUUUUAGGCAUGGAGCUCACGUUAUUCUAGGCGAAAAGCGUAACGCGCUUUUAGACGGUGAUACUCAAAAUUAUGAUUUGGAUCGAGGAUUUACUCGUCAUCCCAUUGAAGACCCUAGUCCCUUAAUUGUGACUACCGUAGCAUCUCCUAUCGCCAGUACCAAUGGAGCUAUCGCAAGCCCUACUGCUACUCCAUCCGGAAUUGUAAUUAAACUCGGAACCCAAUGCAUUAUUAAUCACAUCAAAAUUUUAUUGUGGGAUAAAGAUCAGCGAGCCUAUUCUUAUUAUAUCGAAACAUCAGUGGACCAAGCUGAUUGGGUCAGAGUAGUCGAUCAUUCCCAAUAUCUCUGUAGAUCUUGGCAAAAUUUAUAUUUUUCUCCCAGGGUUGUUAGGUUUAUUAGGAUAGUUGGCACUCAUAAUACAGUGAAUAGGGUAUUUCAUAUCAUCCACUUCGAAGCUAUGUACACAUGCAAACCUUAUAAAUUGGUAGAUGGACUCGUGUGCCCGAACGAAAACGUCGCUGCUCUCGCCGGUAGCGCAUGCGUUAUAGAGGGCGUUAGCAGGUGCCGGAACGCUCUCAUAAACGGAGACAUUAAAAAUUACGAUUGGGAUAGUGGCUACACUUGCCACCAAUUGGGUAGCGGGUGCAUCGUUAUUCAACUGGCUCAACCAUUUUACGUCUCUUCCUUCAGAUUACUCCUAUGGGACUGCGACGACAGAAGCUACAAAUACCACAUUCAAACGUCUAUUGACCAAGUUAACUGGGAAAUGGUGGUAGAUAAAAGUAACGAACCUUGUAAAUCUUGGCAAAAUUUGAACUUCAAACCCAGACCAGUCAUAUUUAUAAGGAUAGAAGGCACACAUAAUACAGCUAACGAGGUGUUCCACUGUGUUCAUUUUGAGUGUCCUAACACUUUGAUGCUGGAAGUGUUACCUCCAUCUCAAUUACUCCCAGGAAUCAAUGUCUAUAAUACAUCUUCCGCUUUACUCCCUUCAGAUAAUUACUCAUCCUUGAUACGUAAUAUAAGAAAUUCCGUUACUAUGGCUGAUACGAACGUGGGAUUAAACGACCACUUUAAUCAUAGUAUGCAAUCGCAAAAUACGUUCACACCUUCCCCCAAUCAACUCCUUUUACAAAAUCUAGCCGACAAUGGAAAUGACAUCUUAGAAAUUGAAAUAAAUGAAAUUGCCAGCGAUCGAAAUAACGCAUCUAAUCUCGCUGGUAGUAGUACAGUCGAGAACCUUAGCUGUAUCAUCAAUAAUCCAAUUAGGCCUAUUAUCGAAACGCCUAGUUCUGGUCAGUCAUCUUCCUCUAGUUCCAUGCUAAUUACGUCAUCUACCACUUCGACAUCUUCCCCCCUCUCUUUUUCUUCUGCUAAUAACAGUAAUCUUAUUUUUAACGUCAACAAUAACAAUAGUUAUAACCUUUUAGCCUCGCAACCCCAUGUUCAAAAUAAUAAUCGGGCACUCUUAGAACGCUCCGUGAGUGAUACCAAUCAAUCUUUAUUCGAUACCAAUACUCUAUUCAACACGAGAGAUUCGAAUUUUCUUACGACCACCACCCCUAGUUCUGGUCCAUAUUCGCUCCCUUUCCCUAUCGUUCAAUCCGUCAACUCACUCACAAACAGAAAUAUUAAUACAGGAAGUGAUUUAUUAACUAGUGAUGUGACGAGCAAUUUAAACGAUAGUCCAGCUGUUAGAGCUUACACAUCGCAAUAUCUUAAUGAACUCGCUUUUUUUCGGAAAUGGCAGCGGUGAUUCUCAUUUUUGCAAUCAAAUUUAUUUUGCCAGCACCUUUUUAAUCUAGACAAUUCUCCCGUCAUUACCUUUAAAAAAUAGUUUAUUUAUUGAAUCUUAUUUCGAUAUUGUUGUCAUAGAAAUGUUAUUAAAUUGGAAUUAUCUUUACCCUUUGAUAAAACAUAAAAUGUAUUUUAUUGUAUUUAGUAUUAAUUUUCGAAAACCGAUUUUCAUAAGCACCUAUAAUUAUUGAUAUUAUAAUUCUAGUUUGUAAUGAUUUUUUUUUGCCUUUUUUUGUUUUUAAAAUAAUAUACAACUUAUUUUUCUUAAAUUGUUAGUUUUUUCUUAUAAUGGAUUAUUUUAAUAUGUUUAAAUUAUUCAAAAAAAAAUUAUUAUCAUAAAUACAGACAAAAUAACUUAUUUAAAAGCUCUAUUUAUAUAUUUUUGAAU